AAAAGAAGUAGAUUUUGUUUCCUCCCAGGUUUGCACGACUCCGUUAUUGUGGGAAGCAACAAAAAUUAUUUAACCUCGUUAAGCAACUGGCUGGCACCUGUGGCAAAAAGCGUUAAUUCUCUCUGGAAACGCUGUUGGCGUGCAUCCGUGGACGGCUGGGCUGCAAGUACAUUUCACUCCCAAUGUGACGGCAAGGGCCCGACUGUGACAAUAAUAAGGGUCGGGAGAUACAUUUUUGGAGGAUACACCAGUAAAUCCUGGCGUAAGUGCGCAUUGUAAGGGGCGGUUACCUGUACCUUUGCAGUUACUUGCAUGGAUAUGUUGGGCUAAAAGUGCGAUGCAGCUUGAUAGCUUGGUACUGAGCAAUGUGGAAUCAGUUUGACCUUGCAUGGUUAAGCAGUAGCUGAUAAAGGAUUCAGGUUGGCCGAUCUAGAUUCGGACGCGCACUUACUCGCCCCUCUAAAACCGAGGACCCCCGUCCUCGACUCACAAGGAAUUAGCAAAUGUGGCAAAAAACAACUACAGCAACAGAUUUUUUGUCGAUCAUGAUUUUAACAGAUUUGCUCUAUACAAGUUACAACAGGAAAUAUCUAAUCACCCGACGUUUUCUUUAUUAUUCUUCGAAUAUUUUUUGCUCGAAUCUAUUGCUUUGUAAUUGCAAAUUUUUGCUUUUAAACAGCUCUCAUAGACGAAAACCUUAGCUAUGGUAAGCAAACAGUCUCUUAGGUUUCAGGACCCCGAUUGUUAACCUCCCCUCCCGUUCAAAAAUUGGCUGCUUGUGGGAGGUUUUAUUGUAAGCAAUUUUAGUUUAAUUUUAAAAAUGAAACACUGCAGGCUCCUGGCACAUUCUCAUGGUUAUUUCAUCAAUAAUUUAUAAAGCACUUAGCAUCUGUAAAUUUUGUUCCAUUAAUUGUAUAUUACUAGGCGACCCAGUGAUUUACAUUUUUCGUUUUAAUUGGAUGUGUUUGGAGUUAUUCCUGUCGAGGGUAUAGAUGUAAGCAGGGUCAUGAUUAAUCAUGAGUGGAUUUCAAUUCAAGGGGUAAUCGGCCGUGUAUUCCAAAGUGUUUAUUUGCUUUUUUAAUGUUAACUGGAAUGAUAUAUGUUGACAAGAGAAAAAAUAAAAAAAAUUAUUGAGUUCCAAAUAGCAAUUGAACCCGCGACACCAUCCAUGACGUAUCCAUGAGGUAUUGGGAACUUUAGUACUGGUUUGGCAAAAAGACAGUGCUAUAUCGCGCCCUCAUUUUUUUGUUUUUGUUUUUUUAAUUUUUGUUUUUUUUAUGUGUCUGGUGUUCAUUCUACAAAACAUACAUAUAUCAGUGUGAAGGAAGGUAUAAAAUAUAAACGAACCUUUAUCUUGUGGCAUGUGUCACUGCACAUGACGGGUGCCUUUUGCAAGUGAGUAUCAGAAAAAUAUCCCAAAUGUCACUUUUAUUCCAUCUCUAUUUUGUUGUAGGUUCUCGCUCUAGGUAUUGGUACGACUCAAACGCCUUUUUAUUCUCACUUGUAAACAAGCCAGGAUGGGCAUCCGUUAGGCUGCCUCAGACAGGGAAAUAUAGCUCCAGAAGGCAACAUUCCAUAGAAGAUAUUCCAUCAUACGGGCCUGCAUUCGGAGGAGGACAUGACAUGUACAUAUCAGACUUCGCGUCAUCCAAUCGCAAUUCAUAUAGUAACCUUGGCUAUACUUACAGCCCACCGAGCGGGUACACCUACAGCAGUACCUUCGCCCGAACAUUCCUGGCAGGAACAUACCAGUUCACACCAGGGGAAAUAGAAACGUUUUAUGAAACAACGCAAGUUAAAUAA